AUGGGCUUCUCCCGUAUGACCCCAGUCCAGGCGUCGACAAUUCCUCUGUUCAUGGCGCAUAAAGAUGUCGUCGUCGAAGCUGUGACUGGUAGCGGGAAGACACUAGCCUUUUUGAUUCCCGUUGUGGAAAGGCUUUUACGGCUCGAAUCGCCAAUUAAAAAGCACCAUAUCGGAGCAAUUCUCAUCUCGCCCACAAGAGAAUUGGCCACUCAAAUCUACAAUGUCCUGCUCUCUCUGCUAGCCUUCCACGGCCCUUCCGCGGCGCGACUACAGCGCACAGAAAACAACAGCGGCGAAGUAGACGAGUCUAACCCUGCCUCAUCGUACCCACCGUCUACGUUGAAAAUAGUCCCGCAACUCCUUCUAGGAGGCACUACAACCCCCACGCAAGAUCUAAGUGCAUUCCUAAAGCAAUCGCCUAACGUUCUUGUUUCAACGCCCGGCCGCCUUCUCGAGCUUCUAUCUUCACCCCAUGCCCAUUGCUCCCAAUCAUCAUUCGAGGUCCUUGUCCUCGAUGAGGCUGAUAGACUCUUGGAUUUGGGUUUCAAGGAAGACCUCCAAAAGAUUCUCCAGCGAUUGCCCAAGCAACGGCGAACAGGUCUUUUCAGUGCUAGUGUAAGUGAGGCUGUCGACCAGAUCAUCCGUGUCGGUUUACGGAACCCGGUCAAAAUUGCAGUCAAAGUAAAAGGGGCUGGCCUGGAGGACAAGCGAACUCCAGCUAGUCUCCAAAUGACGUACCUCCUCACACCGCCCACCCACAAACUUCCCGCUGUGAAAUAUAUCGUCUCAACCCUCUCACCCACCCCACAAAGAUCAAUCCUCUACUUCUCCACCUGCGCCGCAGUAGACUACUACCAGCACAUCCUUCCUUGCAUCCUACCAGAUCGAUUCACCACAAUCCCCCUACACGGCAAACAUCCGCCACAAGUCCGGCAGAAGAACUUCACCCGCUUCGUCAACUCCGUCACCUCCUCCAUCCUCCUAACCACUGACGUGGCCGCCCGCGGCCUCGACAUCCCAGCUGUAGAUCUAGUAAUCCAAAUCGAUCCCCCGACGGAUCCGAAAGCGUUUCUCCACCGCUGUGGGCGAGCAGGCCGCGCCGGCCGCCGUGGUCUCAGCGUCAUUUUCCUCCACCCAGGCCGAGAAGAAGAUUACAUCGCCUUUCUCAACGUGCGCAAGACACCCGUGACGGAAUUCCAAUCCACCUCCACAUCUACACCCUCGCAAUUAUACUCAUCGUCACACUUCUCCGCCUCCUCACCAAAAAACCCACAAACCUUCCACCCAAUCCAAAUCACCACCGCCGACGCCACAUCCACGACCGAAAAAAUCCGCGCCCUCGUUCUCCGCGACCGCGCCAUACACGAUAAAGCACAACGCGCCUUCGUCAGCUGGCUACGCAGCUACAGCAAGCACCAGGCCAGCAGCAUAUUCCGCGUCGCGGACCUGGACUGGGAAGAACUGGGGCGGGCAUGGGGUUUGCUGCGGCUACCUACGAUGCCAGAACUGAAGGGCUUCACGGGCGAUAGGAAUUUGGGCGUCAGCGGGGUCGAUUGGGAUAAUUAUGCGUAUAAGGAUAGACAGAGGGAGAAGCAUCGGCGGAUGGAGAUGGAGGGUCGGAGUAGCAGCAAUGUUAAUAAUAAUGGUGAUGCUACUGGUAGUGAUAAGGGGCCAUUGAAGAGGCCGGCGACCAGCGAAUCGAUCCCGUGGAGUCAGAAUCUGGAGAGGAAGAGUGAGAAGGAGCGGAGACGGGAGCGGAAGAAAAUUAGGAGAUAUCAUGAACAGUGGAAAAAGAUGACGGAGGAAGAGAAGGAGAGGGUACGAGAGACUGAGCAAAUGGUGAAUGCAGUUCGGAAAGCUGUACAGGAACAGGAUCAAACCGUCACUCGGGAAGAGGAGUUCGAGGGGUUUGAUUAG